AUGGGGCGUCGUCGAGCUGAUCGCCGACGCCAAGAGCGGAUCAUGCCACGGGAUAUUUCCUCGUCGGACGAAGAAGGUGAUUCACGCCUGCGAGGUCCGCGUGUCUUUGAUCAUUCGGACGACGAGCCUGAGGGCAUUGUGGGUGAGGAUGAGGACAUUGAUAGUGAUGAGGCAUUUGGCGAAGAUGAUGAGUAUGAAAUGGGUCAAAUGAGUGGCAGAUAUACUUCGAGGAAACCAGAGAAAUAUAACGAUAAUAACGAGGGCGAUGAGGAGGAUGACAUGAAUGAGGAGGAUGAGGAUGAGGACGAAGAAGAUGGCGAGGAUAUGGUAGCGUUAAGCAAUCUGCUGGACGAAGCACCUGAAGAUGACGAACCAGGCUCUGGAUCAGAAGAAGAAGAUGAUGGUCAAAAUGGAAAGUAUCAUGAAGAUGAUUUAGAUGAUACUGAUUGGGGCGCUAUUUGGACUAAAAAGCGUGCACAUCAUGAUGAUGAACUAGUGCCGCAGAAGCGGCGCCCAGCACGUACAGAGCGUACCGAAGCUGUUCAUGAAAGUACGGAUGCUGCAGGUGGUGGUGCAAAGCUACGUCUUGAAGACUUAAUGGCCCAUGGAAGUGGUGCUUCGUUGCAAAAUGUGCAAGCGCUGACUGAGAAGCGCAAUGCCAUUGGCCAACAGCCAGUGGCAUCGAAGCGUGGGGGUGGUGUGCUGCACGCGCCAUUGCCCGGCAUUGUACAAGAUCGACUGGAUCGCGUUGAAGCAUACAAGCUCUCUAAAGAGGAAGUCGAAGGUUGGGCACCUACCAUUAAGCGGAUUCGCGAGGCUGAACACUUGUCAUUUCCACUCCAGCCUCCUGCUCAACCACCGGCGGCCGUCAAAUGCAGGACUCACUGCAUCCUUUACGCCAUCAAAUGA